ACUACAGUGUCAUGCAAGAUUGACACGGCUCAUACCGACAUCAUACAUGACGCUCAGCUAAACUAUUACGGAAAUCGCCUUGCUACUUGUUCCAGUGAUCGAAUCGUUAAAAUUUUUGAGGUGAAAUCAAAUGGUUACAUCGUGCCAGUAGCCGAACUCGCUGGCCACUCCGGACCUGUAUGGCAAGUGUCGUGGGCACACCCUGACUUUGGUGGAUUGUUAGCUUCGGCAGGUUACGACAGGUUCGUGAUUUUUUUUCAACUUUAUAGCAUCAGUUGA